GCGGCUUCCGCCGGAAACCUGGAAUCGAGCCGGAAAUCUAGCGCUGAAGUUGUUGUGUGGGUGCUGCUACUCCCUCCUCUCGCUUCCCGUUUCCAAAUUUAGGUUUUCGCGCGGAACUCUAGCAAGGUCCUGAGACUCCACGCCACCCCCCACAUUCCAAUUUCGGCAGCAAAUUACUGCAGAACCUGAAGCCAGGGAAGGAACCUGUUUCCGGCCUCACCUCCCACACUCUCCUGCCCUUCCACCUGCCCCCUCUGCCGCCCUGACCAUGGCCCAGAAGCCGAAGGUAGACCCCCACGUCGGGCGCCUGGGAUACUUGCAGGCACUGGUCACGGAAUUCCAGGAGACGGAGAGCCAAGACGCCAAGGAGCAAGUACUGGCGAACCUCGCCAACUUCGCCUAUGAUCCCAAUAACUACCAGUAUCUGCGGCAGUUGCAGGUCCUUGAUUUAUUCCUCGAUUCCCUGUCGGAGGAGAAUGAAACCCUGGUGGAGUUUGCAAUUGGAGGCCUCUGCAACCUGUGCCCAGACAGGGCCAACAAGGAGCACAUCCUGCAGACAGGGGGCAUCCCGCUCAUCAUCAACUGCCUGUCCAGUCCCAACGAGGAGACCGUGCUAUCUGCCGUCACCACGAUCAUGUACCUGAGCUCACCAGGGUCUGGCUCCCACCCUGAGCUAACCGCCAUGCCCGUGGUCCAGUGCAUGCUGCGCUUCUCUCUCUCGGCCAACACGAGGCUCCGGAACCUGGCCCAGAUCUUCCUGGAAGACUUCUGUUCCCCAAGCCAGGUGGCAGAAGCCCGCACCUGGAGGGCUCACUCUGCCCUGGGUAUCCCACUGCCAAGGACUGAGGCCCCACAGCAGCCCUGAUCCAGGGAGACCUCAUAGCCAUGAUACCCUGACUGCUAGAGAGGAGGCCACAAUCCUAGUUGGGGCUCAGGGAGCAGGAGCAGCCUGGCUCCCACUGAGCAUGUUCUCCCCAAAAGGUGUCCUUUCAGCUAUUUUAAAGGUGAGUUUUCUCAGCGUGACAGGUAUUUACACUGUGGUGAGGGACACUGAGAGAAGAGGCCAGGCUUUGAGACAUAUGGAGGAGAGCAAAGGCAAUGCCAUUUCCAUAGGUUGGCACUCUCAACCAGCUGAAGGUCAAGCUCCUGCCUCCUGCCCCCACCCCCAGCGCCCACUGCCAGGCUGUCAACUUCCUGUGAGAAGCAGCUGGGACCCUAGAUUCAGAG